GAGACCAGUCACAAAUUGAAUUUGAAGCAAACAGCAUCAAAAGAUUCUUCUCUGUGAAAAUAUUAAAGUGAACGUAGAAUAAAUUAAAAACGAAAAUGAAGUUUGCAAUCUUAUUAGGGCUUGUUGUCUUAGUUGCUGUUUGCAGUGCUGGUCCUGUUGCUGAUGAAGCCCAUCAUGGAGAUGGACAUGCUGAAGCACAUCACGACAAAGCUGCUGACCAUCAUGAAGAACACAAAGCUGAUCAUCAUGAUGAACAUCACGCGACCACGGCCGAUCAUCAUGCCGAACACAAAGCUGAACAUCAUGAUGAACACAAAGCUGAGCACCAUGGCGAGCAUCAUGGAGAACACAAAGCUGACCAUCAUGAAGAACACAAAGCUGAACAUCAUGAUGAACACAAAGCUGAGCACCAUGGCGAGCAUCAUGGAGAACACAAAGCUGACCAUCAUGAAGAACACAAAGCUGAUCACCAUGGCGAGCAUCAUGGAGAACACAAAGCUGACCAUCAUGAAGAUCACAAAGCUGAUCACCAUGAUGAACACAAAGCUGAACACCAUGGCGAACAUCAUGGAGAACACAAAGCUGAACAUCAUGAUGAACACAAAGCCGAACACCACGCCCCCCCCGCUGCCCCCGCCGAUCACCACGAUCACAAACAUCACGACCAUGGACCGGACGACGAUCAUACUGGACACACUCAUGGAGUUGAUUGUCAUAAUCCAAACAAAGUUUAAUUUUUCUAAAUUUAUUAAAAGUUUUAUGAAAUGUUCAUCAAAAUGAAUGUGUUUCAAGAUGUAUAUUAAAUGAAAUAAAAGUGUUCAUUUUUAAGCAAA